CGUUACAUGUCCGCCAUGAGGGACGAGGCGGAGGAGGACAAAAGAGGGCAGCUUCCACAAGAUCUUGAGAUGUGUGAAGGCUGCAGACAACGCAUCAGCUUAUUAGCCAAGCAGCGCCCCCACCACCAUCCUCCUUCAUUCCUCUUCCCAGACCUGCCACAGGAUUAUUUGCCAAGCACGAACGAUCGGAAUCGAUCUCAUGCCGCAGCUGCUCCACCCAUCCAUCUGAGAUCGAUCGAUCCCCGGGGCUGUAUAGUUUCCAUGGGGAGCGACGGCAAGCCUGGUCCGGGUUCCGCCGCCGAGGCCCCCGUCUGCUGCAUGUGCGGCGACCACGGCCUCCUGCCGGAGCUGUUCCGCUGCGCCGCCUGCUCCCUCCGCUCCCAGCACACGUACUGCACGGAUAGGUACCCCAAGGCGGAGGCGUACGGCACGUGCAACUGGUGCCUGAGAGCAGGCCAAGAAAACGGCGGCGCCGCCACUCCUAGCCCGGCGAGAUCAACCUUCAAAGCGCCCGCGAGGCCGCCACCGGCCGCUCACUGCGGCGAUGUCCCGGCUUGCAGCAGUGUCAGCAGAUCGUUGCCGGGGAAGGUUGCGGCUCGCGGCGACUUCACCGGGGAGCUGAACAAGCCUAUCAAGAAGCAGCAACAGCGGCGGCGGCUCCUGCUGCAGCGUUCGGCGUCUGACCUGAGCAGCGGCGUCCGUGCCAUCCGCGGCGCCGGCCCGCCCUCUCCUGGCGUUGGCCGGGGAAGACCGAGGGUGCGGAGGUACAAGCUCUUGGAAGAGGUCAUCAGUAGCUAGCUGAGCGAGAGCGACGUGCAUGCGUACAUGGUUUAGCUUUUGUUUUUGUGGAUGACGCGUGCGUAUUUAAGCAUGCAAGUAUACAUGUAUGUACACGUAGACACAAGCAAGUGCGGCGCUGGGGUUCUAGCUGUCCUGUAUGUGAUGAUGAGUUCUGAUUCCUCUACUUGUUAACACGACGAGUUGCUAAUAUAACAUGCAGCUCGAUUAUUCGCUUGAUUGCGGGUUUAGACUUUAGAGAGAACCUCCUAAUGUAAAGGGAACGGCUUAUUAUGAGUAUGUGUGCAUGCAUGCAUGCAAAGGGCAGCAUUCUAAGCCUCUUUGAUUCAAAAUGAUUCAGAAGAAGUUCACGAAA